UCAUUAGAGUGCCGAACUGGGGAUCGUUCCUCGCCUGCUCGUUGUAGCACACAUACCAAGAACCUGUUCGAUGAAAUGCCUCAAAGAACGCUUCUUCCCAUAUUACUGCAACUCCAUUAUCCGAGCAUUUCUCGAGAAAGGCUCCCCCCAAAAUGCUCUCCAAACCUACAAAGCUUUGCUCUCCUCCGCCAUUCUACGUCCAGACCACCGAACCCUUGUUAUUGUCCUCAAAGCCUGUAGCAUCUCCUCUAACCUGCACGCCAUGAUGGAAUGCCAUGCCAAGAUAAUCAAAGCCGGGUUGCAUUAUUACAUGCCUCUAUGUGCAUCAAUCUUCAAGUUAUAUCUUGUUCAUGAUCACAUAACUGAUGCACGUCACAUGCUUGACGUUAUAUCCCGUUGGGAUCCUGAUCCCGUUUAUGGGAAUUUGAUGCUCAUGGGGCUUUUCAGGAACAAGGAAUUUGACAUGGCAUAUCAUGUGUUUGGCAAAAUGCCUAAGAGAGACUUGGUUUCUUGGAAUUCCAUGAUUGAGGGUUGUCUUUGGUGUUCGAGGCCAAAAGUGGCGUUUAAGCUUUUUAGAAGAAUGCUUGAUGCGGGGCUUGAGCCAGAUGGUUUUACAUUUUCGACUGUUUUUUCGGCUUGCGCUCGGGUGGGUGCUUUGAGCCACGGCAGAUGGGCUCAUCAGUUGAUGGCAGAGAAACAAAUUGAGCUCAACCAUAUAAUUGUUUCUGCUUUGAUUGAUAUGUAUGCGAAAUGCGGAAGAAUUGAAAUAGCAAGGAAGAUCUUUGAUGGUAUAAAAAGGAACAAUGUAUCAGUCUGGAACUCGAUGAUCACUGGAUUGGCCAUUCAUGGACUUGGUGCACAAGUGUUUGAUGUGUUUUCUUUGAUGGAGAAGGAAGGAGUUGCACCUGAUGGUAUUACAUUUGUCAGUAUUCUGACAGCAUGUAGCCAUUGUGGAUUGGUUGAAGAAUGCCGUCAAUAUUUCAAUGCAAUGAGACAUAAUUAUCUCAUUGAGCCCAAGAUUGAACACUAUGGUGCAAUGGUUGAUACUCUAGCACGUGCUGGACUUCUUUAUGAAGCUUAUGAAACUAUAAAGACAAUGGCAAUGGAACCAGACACAGUCAUCUGGAGAGCACUGCUUAGUGCUUGUCGGAAGCAUAGGCAGGCCGACUUGGCUGAGACUGUGAUCAGACACAUGGCACAGGGGAAGCAGAGUGGAGAUUAUGUCUUGCUCUCGAGUAUCUACUCAUCUGCAAAGCAAUACCGUCAUGCUGAGACAGUAUGGAGGUUAAUGAAAGAGAAAGGUAUCCGGAAGAAUCGAGGUCUAAGUUGGGUAGAGAUGGGCAGUGUGCUACACCAGUUCAAGGCUGGAGAUCGAUCGCAUGGUGAAUCAGAAGCUAUUUACAGAGUUCUUGAUGACUUGAUGGGGAAAGCUAAGGCUCAUGGUUUUGCACCAGUGACUGAACUUGUAACCAUGGAUGUGUUGGAGGAAGAAAAAGAAGAAAAUCUGCAAUGCCAUAGCGAAAAGCUAGCAGUUGCUUACAGUGUCCUUAAAACAAGCCCGGGGAUGGAAAUUCGGGUAUCAAAGAACCUUAGGACUUGUUUGGAUUGCCAUGAAUGGAUGAAGAUGGUUUCAAAGGUGCUCUGCAAGGUGAUCCUAGUUAGAGAUCGGAUACGAUUUCACCGUUUUGAAAAUGGUUCUUGUCUUUGCAAUGAUUAUUGGUGAGUCUGUGAAUCUAUGGUUCUUAUGUAUCAAAUUAAAGAUAAUUUAUGAGUAAUAUAUUAUAUAUAUUC